UUUAACGAGACGUUUACCUCUAACCGUCUUGCGCUGUAUGCGUAGUUUUGUUCGUCAUCAUUUCAAUUCAAUUGAAACGCUUGAAUACUCUGCACCUUUGGGCUGAAACGAAUUCGUUUUUUGUUUUGUUUUUUACACGGAGUGUUUCAAUACUUUAUUUAAAUAAAAUCAUCUUAACAAAAUUGCAUUAAAACAUGUAUAACGAGGAUUUAAAUCGCGUUAAAGCCAUACUGAAGCGUUUAAUAAUCUCGUAUCCGUAUAAAACGACUAUUAAGAGGUUGAACAAUCGCUAUCGUGAUGUGGAAGGUGAUGACAUACCAUUUUAUAACUUUGGCUAUAAUGAUCUUGAAGCAUUUCUACGCUCAAUGCCAGAUACUUUCACGCUCUUCGAUGACGGCCACACAUUUUUAGUAAGAGUUGUGACCGGCAGAAUGUCACCAAACAACACGGAUGAAACGGUACAAAAACAAGAGAGCAAAGAAAACAGUUCCAGCUGCACUUCCAACAUUCCAAACUCGAAGGCGGAAAACGAAAUAGAAAGGAAUGUCUUGUCAAAUGGUUUGAAUAAUUUGAAAAUAGACAGAGAAGAAGCCCAACCUGUGCAGAGAGAGGAUAAAAAUGAUUCCAAACAAUCAUCGAGAACUUCCUUAGAUAGGAAAAAAAUAGUCAAUAAUAAUGAUCAAUUGGACGACAUGAGGACAACUUUAAAAUCCCUUCGACUAAGAAAUUGUGCCGAACACAAUUCGUCUUUAACACCGGAAGAGAAACUCGGAUUAAUUCAUAAAAUAUUAAGACAACGACGACAGCGACGUAGAAAUGCCAUAGAAAAGAACGCAAAUUCGAAAGGAGAUGAAAAAUUGAUAAGAAACGUGCGAUCGAACGAUUUAAAUAAAUGCGAAGAAGAGAAAGGUAAACAAAAGCCAAAGCAACCACAUGAGAACAGUUUGCUAAGUGUUUACAACAACAGAAAUCAAUCGAAAAAUCCACUUGAAAAAAUCAACAUAAACGAUCAGCCGAACGAUUUAGAAAAUAGCUUAGUAUCCUUAGCGAGUCUUGUAAUAUCAUGCGACCACAAAUCUAUUAUCAAUCAAUAUUUAUUACGAGAAGGAAAGCGAAACCGAAAUCCGAACUGCGUUAGGAAAAACGCAUGCUCGGCAGUAAAAGAGGAAACACAAAUGACAGACGCAUCAAAUGGGUCAGGCAAAGAGAAGCAAGAGGUAGCGUAUUUUUUAUUAGGUCGCCGAGUAAGCAAAUCGCAUAUAGCAGGACCUUUCACUUUCGCCACCAGCACUUCACUUCAGAACUUCGCUAAUCAGGAAACUGUUUAUUAUAAUAGAAAUAAGCCAAACAGUGGCCUUAACCUUAAACAGGACGAUAUUAGAAACCAAUCAAAGGGCAAUAAAACUUCACUGGAUGGUUUUAAAUUUUGGCGUUCGGAAUUAAGCAAGACGGUGGCAAGAUUUGCUCCCCGCCCAAUGAAAAUCAGCACGAAUAUCCCGGCAAGUGCAGUAUAUGGCGGAUUUCCAUUCAGCAACACGUACAAGCCCAGUCGCACUAUUCGAGAUGCGCGUUUAAAAAUAAAAAUAAAUGAAAUUCACAGUCCGCAUAAAUUUUGGUUCCAUUUUUGUGCACCUAACCUAUAUUUGAACAUGUUAAGCAAAAUGUCAACUUGGUAUAGAGACUGCAAUGAGAAUGAAUGGCAGAUACCUUUGGAUAUUUUGGCGCCCGAACGAGUGUGCGUCGCGUUUCACGAAGAUGACUGGUACAGGGCAAAAAUUGUAUCAUGGCCAACUAAUGUCAAGAAGGUCAAGGUAUUCUGCGUCGAUUACGGCAACGUGUAUGAGAUUGAUGUCAAUCGCAUUAAGUUUUUACAUGAGCGUUUCGCUGACAUACCCACCCUAGCUAUGCGCGGUAGUUUGACGUGCGUUAGACCACUUCAUUUACAUUGGUGUCAUGCCGCCACAAAAUCCUUUCGAGACAUGACUUUAGCUUCAAUUGUCGAGGCCGAGGUUGUUGAUAUUGAUUGCACGCAGGCAAUUUAUUAUCUCGGUAUUAACAACAAGGUUGUAAAUAUCGGUACAUAUUUAGUAGACCAACAUCUCGCUAGAUAUAAUAGGUCUUGCGAUUUGCGUCGGGCCUAUCAAGAAUUUCCAACAUUUUCAAUGCUCGAAUCCGGUGAAUAUCCCAGUUUUACUGAAUUGACUCAGCUAUUAGCCAAAGGAUUCGAUUACGAAACUAUUUAUGAUCCUCUCAUUCAAAGAUUAACAACAGUGUCACAAGAUCCAAAGACCGGCUCCACGGGCGUUUGCAAUUUUCCUUUCAACUUAAUAACUACAAAUCCGUUUUAUGCCGACAUCAUUAAACAAUUGCAGAGCAAAACGGCUUCACAUCGACAAUUUUCGUGGUAGAAGGAAAAGAUUUUACUAUUUGGAAAAAAUAUCCAAUAAACUAUUUUAAAUUAAAAAUGCCAAUGUAUGUGCAUAUACAUAAUAAUAUCUAAAACGUUAAAGUUUCCAAAUCAAAACUAAAGAUGUUGUUAUUGUAUUAUCUAAUUAAUGCGUCAUUAAAUUAGUUCGUUGUUACUUCCGCAUUAAUAAAACAUGACAGCAUCGUUAACAAAAGAGAGUCGUUUCAUUUUGUGAUCCAAUUAUAAAAAUUUUUACCCCGAAUAUCUCAAAUUUGUCAAAUGAAAAAUGUGGCCGGCCCGGAGGGCUUGCAAAAUUUGGAAUUUUAUACCCAUCGCCGAAGCGUGAGCGGUAUAUUCAUUUAGUGAAAACGAAACCUGACGAAAGCUUCAGAGAUCACAAAUCGAAUUAUGAUCACCAUCGAAUUAUGAAUCGACAUAACUGUGCUCGUCUGUCCGUUUGCUUAAUAUGUGUUGUAAACAUUCUUCUGGCGCAGAAGCUAGACUCAAGUCCCCAUCAACUAUAUAAAUGAACUUCAAAUUUGAAAUGCACUUAAGCAUGUUCGUUUAUCCGUCUGUCAGUCCGUGCAUUUGCCCAUCUAUCAAACGGUACAUACUUGAAGACUGCAGCUCCAUUUUUGCGGCCAGGAGAAUGUUUACAACAGACAUUA